CUCUGAACUAAUAAUAUUUUAAGAGGAAAAUGCCAAUACUUGGAUUUCUUAAGUGUAUUCAUUUAAAUUAUAUUUAAACAGUAGGCUACAUGCACAUAUAAUUUGGAGUCCUCCACGUGCGUUUUGCGAUAUUAACAUUAACGAUUAAUCGAUUUAUUGAUAAUUUCCACAUCAGUCGAUUAUGAAAAUGUCUGAAUUGAAAUUCCUGGGUAAUUUAAAACAUUAACCUCAUGAUAUUAUUCAUGCAGAUGUUAUUGCUGUGUAAGUGCAUUUAUGCAUGCUGUGAGCAGCAUUAAACGAUCUGUGUAAAUGCACCUAAAUGCCACUUUAGACGCAGCUUCUGUACCACAUUUGCAGUGUAAAGAUGGCUUUAGAUGGUCUACCUUUGUUUACAUUCCAUGUUGUUUCUAUGGUGUCUUUAGCUAGUCAGACUAAUUGUUAGACAAAAUCUUAAAAGGGAUUGUUCAACCAAAAAUAAAAAUUCUCUCAUCAUUUACUCAUUCUCUUGACAUCCCAGGUGUGUAUGACUUCUUCUGAAGAAGACAAAUCAAGGUUUUUUAGAAGAAUUGUUCAACUCUGUAGGUCCUCACAAUGCAAAUGAAUAGGUGUCAACAUUUUGAAGCUCCAAAAUCCAAAUAAAGGAAGCAUAAACGUAAUCCAUGUUGCUCCAGUAGUUAAAUCCUUGUGUUCAGAUACGAUAUGAAAGUUACAGUGUUGAUGGAUGAGCAACAGGUAGAGGUGGGGUCUGUUGGAGAAGAUGGUGACAUGGAUGGCGCCAUCAGAGGGAUCCUCCGUGCUGCAGCAGGAGAGGGGACUACUGAAGUGGAGGGGCUUGAAGAUGAAGGAGAGGGGCCUGUUGAUGGAGGCAACGGGAAAGACACCCAAGAGGAUGAUUCCUCACAAAUUGCAACUGGCGUUCGCAAGUGGAGCUCAGUGUGGGUGCACUAUCGGAAGCUUGACCAGGAGUCGAAGGCCAUGUGCUUGCUGUGCACGGAGAAGAUCCAGCACCAGAGCAGUACAAGUAACCUAAUCAGACAUCUACAGCACAGGCAUCCCACUGAGUUUGCACAGCUUGAAGUUCACCCACAAAAGCGGCCAAGCAAACGGAAAUCUACAGAUCCAGUCCACCGCCCCACUUCUCCCACAUUAUCUAGCGGUACCCCAGCCAGGUCUCUCUUUGUGUCACCAAAGCGUGAUGUCCGUGCACCCAGCAGUACCAUCUUAGACAAAUAUCCAGGUACUAAGUGGUCUGAAGGGUUGCGUUUAUUGGAGCGAGAACGGGAGCUGACAGAAGCGUUAAGGCGUGUCCAGCAGGAGGAGGGGCGGAGCAUUCAGCUGCAGCGGGAGUUGUUGCAGCAGUUCCGUGAAAUGGAUGCUGAGCGCCGGCUACUUCAAAAUCAGAAAAGUGAACAAGAGCAGGAACAUGCAAGACUACGGAAGGAAAAGGAAGCACUUAAGGAGGAGAAGAAUGAACUCCAGAGGGAAAGAGAGGAAAUGCAGAAGGAGAGGGAGGAGUUUCAGAGGGAGAAGGAGGAGCUGGAGAAGCAGAAACAGGAACUGGAUUCCUGGAAAGAUUCCCAUGGACAAGGACAAACAUCUGGAUUUUACAAUUGUUGAGACACCACAGUAUAUCUAUGUCUCAAGGAAACAAGAUUUCCUUUUUAAGGAAUCUGUCUAUCCGUACCCUUUUUGUUUUAAGGAGAUUGAUUUAGAUUGGGGUAAUGGGAUUGUGGGAAAGGGGGUCAUGGCAGGGAAGUUGUAUUUUGAUUAGCAGAAUGAAAGUGUACCUAACCCUCCUGGAUUUUCAACACACACAUACAUGCAUGCAAAUGAUAGAUUACCUACUGGUAAAUUACAGGUUUGCUAUGAGAAGGCCUUUAAUGUAAAAUAACUAGAAAACAGUCUUAAAAUCUACCCACAUACUGUAUUUAUGAGUGUUAACCCAAACAAGGUUCAUUGUUCCAAAACGGACUAGUGUGUGAAUGUAUUAACAUGUUUUGUAUAUUUCUCCACUGGGAAUAAAAAGAACAACAUU